GCCCUGAACAUCCAUGGCAUACAUUGUGACCGCUUCUCGGACGGCAGUCGGACGCAUCUGCCGUCGUUUAAUUAAAACAAAUCGCGAAAUAUAAAGUGCGAAAUGAAAUUAUUUGUGAUUUUAUCCCUUGCGGCGCUUGUCAGUGCUCAAUAUCCCGCAUCCAAACUCGUUAAGAACAUUUACAAAGAAUGUUUGAGUCAAUAUUCCGUGGAGUGUGUGAAACCAAGAACCCUGGAGUGGAUUUCUCGAGUGGGAAACGAUGAUGAAAUCAAGAUCACCGAUAAUCUGUCCAUCGUCAAGAUGGGAACGCUAGAAGACGAUGAAGAAGUAGACCCUAGGAUGGCCAAGGACCCUGCUUACGCUAUGUUCGAUAAAGUAGACCGCUUUCUCCAAACUCAUUCUAUCAGAGUGAAAGUGCCCGAUGAGAUUGUGAGCUCUUCUGCAUCGGAGUACGUGCCCAGGUCGCUGCUAACAGACCUGCCUUCUGAGCUGAGCAUGCCAUUGGACGGUGAAGAAGAGGUGGAAACCUUCGAAGGCAGGAAGAAGAAGAUCAAGCUUCCCAAACCUUUGAGGAUCAAGAGCAAACACGGUUUCAUCAAGAAGGUGGUCCUGCCCUUCCUUCUCGGUUUGAAGUUCAAGACUGCUGUCCUCGUGCCCCUCGCUCUCGCUAUGAUCGCCCUUAAGACCUGGAAGGCUCUUACUCUUGGUCUCAUCUCUCUUGUUCUUUCUGGUGCUAUGGUCAUCUUCAAAUUCACCAAGCCUAAGGUUGUGAACUACGAAGUGAUCCACUAUCCCCAGCACCAUGUCGAGCAUCACGUAGACCACCACGCCCCAGGCUGGGACUCCCAUGGCCCUUACCAAGCGAGAUCCUACGAAGAAGCCCACGAAAUCGCCUACUCAGGGCAAAUCUAAACCAAAAACAUAUACUAAGCUUUAAAAUAACACGGACCUCUGAUUAAUUUAUUUAUUUAAU